GGGAGACAGCGGGAGAGAGAGACAGAUAUUACAAACAUCAGAGCAGGUAGUGUUUAGGGCAAGACUCCAUCCACCUUCAACAACUGGUAACAAGUGAUAGGACAAGAGGAAAUGGCCUCAAGUUGUUCCAGGGAAAGAACCUCUUCACAAAAAAAGUGGUCAAGAUCUGAAACAGGUUCCCCACAGAAGUGAUGGAGUCACCAUCCUUGGAGGAAUUUGGCCCACAGAGAAGAAAAUUGAAUAUGAUGAAGAACGAAGAAACAAGUUUUAAUGUGGACAAUACCCGAGCCUCUCCCUUCUCCCUCUGCCUGCAGCCGCUCAGCCCCGUUACAAAGCCACACAGAGCAACACAAUUUGAUGAAGAAUUCAGAACACACCUCUCACAUUUCCGCUAUGGUCCUCCUCCUCUUGAAAACAUGGAAACAUUCCAGGGGUCCUUGGAAGGAGGGUCUCGCAAACGUAAGAGCAUGCCAACAAAAAUGCCUCCUCCCAUCACCCUUGAGGAUUCCUCAUCAUCACCAGAUCGACCUGAGGAUCACGACAUGGGCUCUUCUAGUCUCCCCUUGGUGUUCCAACAGCCAACUCAGCCCAAGUACAGUUCCCAGAUGAUUGACCUCUGCAACUUUGGUUUUCAGUUCUACAGAACUCUGGAGCAUUUUGGAGCCAAGCCCAUUAAGCAAGAACCAGUGAAGCCUAGCAUGGCAUGGCCCAGUAACCCAGCAUUCAUGCAGGCUCCUUACCCUUAUUAUCCUAAAGUCCAUCCUGGCUUAAUGUUUCCUUUCAUUGUACCACCAAACUUUCAUUUCAGGAACCCUUUUCAAAUGAAAAGACCUACAGAACCACCCUUCAGGAGGGCUGAAGUAAGAGAAAGUGGUGAAAACAAACAGAAAGUGGAAAGAGUAGAUGUCAACCUUCAGAUAGAUGACAGCUACUAUGUUGAUGUGGGGGGUGAGCAGAAACGCUGGCAAUGUCCCAUGUGUGAGAAGUCCUAUACAUCCAAGUACAAUUUGGUCACCCAUAUCUUGGGUCACAGCGGCAUUAAACCACAUGCUUGCACCCGAUGUGGCAAGCUUUUCAAGCAGCUGAGCCACUUGCACACGCAUAUGUUGACACACCAGGGCACUCGGCCCCAUAAGUGCCAGGUGUGCCACAAGGCUUUCACUCAAACCAGUCACCUUAAGAGACACAUGAUGCAACACAGUGAUAUCAAACCUUACAACUGCAGGAUCUGUGGCAGGGGUUUUGCCUACCCCAGUGAGCUGAAAGCACAUGAGUCUAAGCAUGAGAGUGGACGAGAGAACAUUUGUGUGGAGUGUGGUCUGGACUUUCCAACUCUGGCCCAGCUGAAGAGACACCUAACCACCCACCGUGGCCCUAUACAGUACAAUUGCACCGAGUGUGAUAAGACCUUCCAGUACCCAAGUCAGCUGCAAAACCACAUGAUGAAGCACAAAGACAUCCGCCCAUACAUCUGCACUGAAUGCGGCAUGGAGUUUGUGCAGCCCCACCACCUGAAGCAACACUCCCUGACUCACAAGGGUGUGAAAGAGCACAAAUGUGGAAUUUGUGGCCGGGAAUUUACUCUGCUGGCCAACAUGAAGCGACAUGUCCUGAUCCACACCAAUAUCAGAGCCUAUCAAUGCCAUUUGUGCUUCAAGAGCUUUGUGCAAAAGCAGACUCUCAAGGCCCACAUGAUUGUUCACUCUGAUGUCAAACCCUUUAAAUGCAAGCUGUGUGGAAAGGAGUUUAACAGAAUGCACAAUUUAAUGGGACACAUGCACUUGCACUCAGAUAGUAAGCCAUUUAAGUGCCUCUACUGUCCCAGCAAAUUCACCUUGAAGGGGAACCUAACCAGGCACAUGAAAGUCAAACAUGGAGUCAUGGAAAGGGGAUUUCACUCUCAAGGUUUUGGAAGAGGAAGGAUUGCUCUGUCCCAGACAAAUGUCUUGAGAAGCUUGGAACAGGAAGAGCCAUUUGAUCUGUCCCAGAAAAGCCAAGGGAAGGGUAUCUCAUUUCAUUCUGAUGGUGAGAGUGCCAAGGGAAGCUCAUGCCAGGAAGAAGAGGAAGACAACUGCUAUGAGGUGGAACGAUACAGCCCUGCCACGUACCAUCAUGAUGACAACAAGCUGUACAUGGCUCAAGAUCUCUCUGGCAAACCUGAGUGCAUGAUGAAGGACUUCAGAGAGUCCUACUGCAAUGAGAAGGAAGAGGUGUUAAGUGAGGGAGGACUGGGGAAGAGAAUAGGAAAUUCGGGCAAAGAGGAGAGAUGUGGAGAGGGAGAGCUUGCAAACAGCAAAGAACAUCUCAGCUUUAGAUCCUUUGAAAAGGCCAGACUUGGUCACUCUCUCUCUGAUUACUUGUAUUUCAAGCACAAGAACAAGAGUUUGAAAGAAUUGCUGGAAAGAAAAAUGGAAAAACAAACAAUGCUUCUAGGCAUUUAAAAUGGACAUUUUUAAAACAGCUGGAAAAUGGUAACCAGGUAGAUUUUAACAUGAAUUGUAAGCUACUAAAGCCUGGAAGUCUGUAGUAGUAUUUAGAAAUAAAUAAGCCAAAUUAUUAAAAAUAAUUUAGGGUAAACCACAUACAUUAAAAGAAUAAAACAGCUUGAGGUCACCAAGAAAUGCAAUAGAUAUUGAAAAAUAACACUUUAAUAUUUAUCCGUUUAAUGUAUAACAGACAAUGGGUUGGGUACAGAAGUUUACUUCCUAUUAUAUGGGGAUAGAUACUUACAUGCAAUUUUCUACUUAGCAGAAAGCAACAUAUUUUAGCAUCUGAUUUCUUGUCUGACUAAAUAUAUAUGAAAACUUCUAACCAUAUGCCUCAAAAAUAUCUGAAAAUACAAAGUAUUUCACAUUAUAAGUCAGAGUACUAUUAAACAUGGCAUGCAUGAAAGUGCUGUCGACAUUCAGAACUAACACAGUCCAAAUAUUUGAUUUACUGAAGUGACUCUUAGUGCAACUACUUACAAUGAGAAAUGUGAAACAAAAUAAUAAGAAGAACUAAUGUCUAGGGAGGCAGUAAAGGACAGUUCUCUAAGGCUUUAAAAGGAAUUUAUUACAAAAGCUAGUUCUCUGGCACCAGGAAUAUUUGUGCUUUGCUGUGUUUCAGCCAGUAUGGGAGUGUUCAGAAAUUCUUGAAGUAAAAUAGCAUAGAUUGUGUUGACAUUUUGUUCUACUGCCUGCUUGGACCAACACAUGUACUGGGCGGCAUCAGCAUGCCGUAUUCACAGUCUUGCCAUAGUUACACAUAACACAGUAUGAGUAAUUCAAAAUGAAAAAAUUAUGCAGCUUUACCAUUUAUCUCUUCAGUUUAUCAUUGCUUGUAAGGAUAAUUUUGGAAUACACAGAUCUGGUCAUUUUUUGUUUCAGGGGGUAAAAACCACCCUUACAGAGCAAGCAGUACCUCACAGAGGAAAACUUUCCUCUUAUUAAGGUCAGAAAACUUCUCUUAUUAAACACUUCUUGAGCAGUAAGUGGCAGGCCUUUCAGACAAAUUUCACUCAUGCUGUUUUCAUGGAGUCAAACUCAGCUUUUCAUCCUCUGAUUCCCCUACAGUUAUAAGCUUAUAACCAACAUGGGAAAAGCAUAUUCAUUAAACUUUUCAUUAAUGACAUGACUACUUUGAACAGCAUAUUAGUUCCUACAUCUUCAAGAAAGAUGAGAAGCAGCCCUGAAUCGUCAUAUUGCUUCCAUGGAAAUAAAAAUUCAAUUAAUCGUAAAAUUUGUCCUAUGUCCUUUGGACAUCCCAGCUCAAAAGGUUAAAAUCCAUAUAUAUGGUACAUCUCUUCCAAAUAUUACUGCCUUCUUCACUUACCUGCUGAGUUCUUGAUUUGAAAUACAUUGCCAUCAUGCUCUCUAUAUAGCAAGUUAUAAUUAAAUAUAGUCAUCUACUUUUAUGGCUUGCUAAGACCAGUCAUGUAGCUGCAGCUCUCUGCCCCUAUAAGAAAACACACACCUCUCAAAUUAAUGAUCCUCAUGCCUACCAGUUAAGCAGCAUUCACAGGGCAAGGUCCUUAUUUUUCAUAUAACUGGGUUUGUGUAGUCCAAGGCUACAGGCAGUGUUUUCCUUUUUCAAGGCUCUAACAUGUCAUAACAUAUGCAGAAAUUCAUGCAGAAAAAGCUAUUGAUAAAAGAAAGAGUAAUAUCCAGGUGACUUUCCUAAAUUAAAUCUAUGUCUGAUGUGCAUAUUUUUAAAAAUAAAAAUGUUAUGCCAAAUUGAACUGGAAGGUAGGUCACUUUGGAAUUCAAAAAGACUUUGAGGUGUAUUUUAGAGGUCCGUGGUCAUGUUUCUUCAGGGAUUAACUGUUCUGCCAUAAACAUUCCUCUUCCUUGCUUUAGCUGUAAGACAAUGCCUAUUGAAAAAGGAGCCAUCUUUCUUUCAAGGAAGACAUUGUGGUCAAGCAAAAAAGUUAGGAAAUUUUUAGAAUAAUGAGUGAAACUG